AAAGGGAAAGAAAAGUGGCACAGAAAGGAGUUGUUUGUUUCUGGCCGUCGUCUCGUGCGAUCCCACUGUCUGUCUGAAUUGUCUCCCUUCUGUGCGCGCUGUACACUCGGACCAGAUUAUUUACCGAAAUCGUAACAUUUUGUAAUCCCUGAACGAGUUAUUGCCCCUUCGAUCUGUCGUGUACGAGUGGUUUGUACGCGUGUUAUGAUUUCCAAAGAGAAGUGACAGGUUCCAACCAGUAGUCGCCCAGCGGAUUUUCUCAUUCUUUCAAGACAUUUCGCACGGAUUUAAUUGAAUCAUCUGUUUCAGUGAGGUCUGUAGAACCUGUGGAUUGAUGGACAGUUCCAGACUAGUAGGCAGACACAACCACUGGCAAGUCACGUGAUUCUGGACAUAUUGACCAUGUGACUUUGUUAAUUAUUUCAAUACUAUAAGGAUACUAUGUGACGCAACGUAUGGUGACCUUCACCCUUCCACAAGAUGUACAUCUUCACUCUUGUUUAGUCCCUGCACAAUGGAUGCAAGACGUUACUGGAUAUACUACAGUCAGAUAAUCCUUUUGUGGACGUCAAUCAUGCCAAUGACGUCAACAGACCCCAAUAACUCUUCCAAAUGUUUCGGCUGUCGUCUGUAUGACCUUUCACCCAAGAAAAUGGAUAAUGACAAAAAGGAGCCGGGAUUCUGUCAGUACCCUUGCCAGUGCCCUAAUGAGGAAUUCAUGUGUGAGAACGGUGUGCAGCUGGUGAAGGACGGCUGCAGCUGUUGCAUGAUGUGCCCGCGCCAGCUGGGUGACUUGUGUUCGAAGAAAGACAAGUGUGACGUCACAAAGGGUCUCUACUGUGACAACAAGAACGAGAACACAACGGGAAUAUGUCGAGGUAAAGCCAAUAAGCCUUGUAAUGUCGACGGUGUUUUGUUCCAAGAUGGUGAGAAGUUCCAGCCCCACUGCUCUCAGUUGUGCACCUGUCAGAAUGGUUUCUAUGGCUGCGUCAAUCAGUGCCCGCAGGAACUACAGAAACCUUCAGAGCUUACCUGUCACGAGCCUAAACUCAUCAAGGCCAACAAUAAAUGCUGCAAAGAGUGGACAUGCCAGAAGAUGGAGGCCAGAGGAAACUGGUCGAGGGGUCGUCUUGAAAGUGGAAACUUAGUGAACAAAUAUUAUAUUACACCUGCAGCCACAAAGGCCCCUGCACCACGAGCCAAUCACCACAGGCAGUGUCAGGGGGAGGCCACCGACUGGUCACAGUGCUCGGUUACCUGUGGAGUGGGUGUAUCCAUGAGGAUUGUGGUGGACUCGAUCUCAUGCCUCCAACAUAAAGAGACGCGUGUGUGUUUCGUCCGUCCAUGUCACGAGAACGUGUCAACGCUAGUAGUGAAUGGUCCCAACAAAUGUACACCUACUACCAAGGGACAAGGUCAUGAACACAUCUACUUUCAAGGUUGUGAGUCUGUUAAAGCGUACAGGCUGAAGUUCUGUACCAACUGUAAAGUCAACAAGUGUUGUUACCCAGCCAAAACAAAAGUGAAAGAAAUUGUAUUUCAGUGUCGUGGGACUAGAGAGAAGAUGGCAUUUUUAUGGAUUAAAAAGUGUCGCUGUGAUGACGUCUGCUACGUCAAAGAUCGACCACGUGAUUCUAUUUCCAGCAGACGAAGUAGAAAUUUCAGAAGUCACCGAAUUAAAAAAGUGAUUGUAUAAAGCAUUGCCGAAAAUCUCUCUACAUUUCUUUAAUGUAUUUUUUGUUUCAUGAAAAUAUGGAAUUAUGUAUAUUUGUUUCGUGAGUUUUAAAGUUGUUCUUUUUUUGUAUUGUUAAAUGUAAAUUCUAUUCUUGAUUUUGACAUUUGAUAUAAAUAUAAAUAAAAGAUGUACAGUAUGUGUCUACAUAAAACA